GUCGAGGUCAGCAACAAUUCGAAUUCGAGCGGUCUGAGUUCAGGAAUGUGGUGACUGUAAACUUGCUAAAAAACAUAAUCAUGGGAAAUUCGGAAGAUUUUCAGCAUCAGUUUGCAUCUCUCAUGAAGAACAUUUUACAUUGUGCGGUGACUGAAACGACCAAACUUUUCGAGAGCUCAGUGCAUGAAAUGAGAGCAGAGCUCAUGCGGAUAAGAAAACAGAACGAUAACGUUAAAGAUAAUGAUACUUUUACGAUUUGCCUGAAACAGGGAGGGUGCGUACCAAACUGUCAAGGAAAUCCAUGCAAACAAGAUAAAGGCGUACAAUGUGUAACAUCCACCCAGGUGGAGGAGUCCAGCAGCUCUUCACAACAUGACGAUAGCGACAAAAACAGAUUUUCGGAUCUGUUCCCAGGUUUCCUGCCGAAUGAAAACCAACAAUUUACAUUGCUGUUUAUUAAGCCAGAGGAGCCAGACAUGUGUGAUUACACCCCUGCAUGUCUCCUGCCGAAUCUUGCAGACAACCAGCCAAGGCCCAUUCUGGUGCAGCACAUUAAGGCCCCAAUCAUUAAUCAAGAAGCGGGACUGUUUCCAGGCAGACUGUCUCCAUGUCAGGGCCUUCCAGAUAUUCCCACAGGCCCAUCUACCCAUAAUCACACUGCAUCCCCUCCUCGGUCUGUGCAAGAGCCAUCUGCACCUGAUGAACAAAGUCAAAAAUUAAAUCCUUUACAGGGUGUCCAUGCCUCUGUAGACCCCUUGACUGACAGACUGGAGGAAAAGCCAGUCAUGCUGCUGCAACCACCCACACCCUCAUCAAUCAGUUCCCAGAGGGAUGCAACCGAUGGAAGCAUAUCUGCUGCACCAAAGGAUGUAGCUAAAGUGAGCUAUGAAGAUCACCCCAGAAGGUUAAGUGCUAGGAAGUCAAAGUCAGUAUACCGCCGCACAGUGGAUCUAGAAAUACCACAACCCAGUGCAGAAAAUAUCACACAAGCAAAUGACAUCAGUUCCCCCACAUGCCUUGCUUCUGCUGAGAUUUGCCAGGAAACGAGUAAGAAGAGUUCCAAGCAGCUUAGCUGGAACACGCAUCAAGAUCAACCUAGAAGGUCAAGUGCAAGGCAGUCAAAGUCAGUAUACCGUCGCUUGGUAGAUCUGGAGACACCUCAACUCUGUGCAGAGAGUAUCCAGCGAAAUAAUGACACCAGUGAAGCAACAUGCCAUGUUCCCACACAGAUUUUAAAGAAAACGGAGAAGAAUUCCGAGCAGCCUAGCAAAAACCAGCUUGACAAACAAGAAAAUGACCGGGACGACAUAAUCAAAAGACAAAAGAACCAAUGUGAAGUGUGUGAGCUUGUUCUCAGCAGUGCCACUGCUCUGAAGCACCACUGGAAACUUCACAGAGCGGAGAGAGACAGUGUCUGUUACAGGUGUGGGAAGAUUUGUCCUGAUGAUAGAAGCCUCAGAUGUCAUCUACUUAUUCACACAUUGGACAAGAGUCCUCAGCAAACGGAGGAUGUAUCUACACCAAAAACAGAUCAAGCUGACAGUGAAAUAGAUCAGCAGAGCUUGAUACCAAUUCAGGAGAUUCGUCAAGAUCGGUGUAAAAAGUUGAAUGCUAGGAAAUCAGUAUAUCGUCCGCUGGUGGAUCUGGAAACCACUCAACCCAGUCCAGAAAAUGUCCCCCAAACAAAUGAACCAAGUGUUUCCACUUGCUAUGCUACCACAAAGGUUAAAAAGGAAACAGACAAUAACAGUUUCAGGCAGCAUAACAAGAAAUCUUACAAGAACCAACCUGGCACAAGACACAGACACACGAGACACCAGUGUAAUGUGUGCGGGCGAAUCCUCCGUAGUAGCCCUUCUCUGAUCUACCACCUAAGAGUCCACAAAGGGGAGAGACCCUUCGCCUGUGACAGGUGUGGGAAGGCUUUUCUCGACAACACAGGCCUCAGGCGUCACCUUCUUAUCCACACAUCGGACAAGCGUAAUCAUGGCUCGGAGGAUGGAGCUGUAAGGAGUGAAAUAGAUCAGCAGAGCAUGCAAUCACGUCAGAAGACUCCUCAACAUCAGCCCAGAAGGCUAAGUCCUCGGCAGUCAAAGUCCAUUUAUCGUCGCCAGGUGGAUCUGGAAGCACCUCAACGCAGUUCCGAAAACAUCCAGCAAAGCUCUGCACUGCUGCACCACCAGAGCGUCCACAUGGAGAGACCUGUUGUCUGUGACUGGUGUGGGAAGACCUUCCUUGAUGAGCAAGGCCUCAGACGUCACAGUGUUAUUCACACAAAGGAGAGGCGGCACCAGUGCUUGCAGUGUGGUAGAAAAUUUCUCUAUCGCUACCAACUCACUCAUCAUCACCACACUAAACACACAGAUGAGAGGCCGCCUCCCUGCAAAAUCUGUGGCAAACGCUUUGUGUCCAAAGCAACGGCAGAUGUUCACAUGCGCCUGCACUCAGGAGAAAGGCGUCACAGCUGCAUUGUGUGCAGUAAGGAAUUCGUAGGAGAGAAGGCGCUGAAGGGUCACAUGUUGAGACAUCGUGAGAAGUCUUACAGUUGCCUGACUUGUGGCAAACGCUUUGUGAACCGCUCCGAUCUGAAAACACAUGAGCGCAUACACACUGGGGAGAAGCCUUAUGAGUGCGAGAUAUGUGGCAUGUCAUUCAGACAAGCAUCGCACCUUCGCUCGCAUGUCAGGAAUCGUCACAACAGUUUAUCACAAGACUCAUAGCGCAGAAAAAUCACUAAAAUCACAAAAAAUGUGAGUGUUACAAGCAUAUCAAUAUAAGCUAAUAUCAAUUUUAUUUGAUAACAUUUGAUAAUAGCUGAACUCUUAAUGAAAUACACCCAUUCCUGUUUGUUUUUUGUUUGCACUUUUACUAUUUUGUUUUACUAGGCCUUUUUGAAAUGGAUCACAUGUCUGGAUAAAAUAUGGUUUGAUGAUAUCUAUGUAUUGCUCCAUUCAUUCUUUCUUAAAACAUUGUAUUAUUGCUUUAAACUUUAAAAGGCCCUGUAGAAAUACAAAUAAAGUAUAUUUCUGAUAUAGUAA